AUGUACGCUCGACACAUGGUCGGACUUGGCUCCGUGCUCGUCGCGGCCGCGGCCGUGAUCCGGGUCGACGUCGGCAGCAACGGUGCCUUCACGUUCACCCCCGACACCAUCAAGGCGAAUGUUGGGGACACGCUCGAUUUCCACUUUCACCCGCUCAACCACAGCGUCGUCAUGGGCGACUUUGGCAACCCGUGUGCGCCUGCCAAGACGGGAGGCUUCUUCUCGGGGUUUCUGCCCGUCUCCUCCGGCCAGGCUACGCACUCUUUCCAAGUAAAGGUCAACUCGACGGACCCCGUCUUCUUUUACUGUGCGCAAACCAUUCUCGAGCAUUGCAGGAAUGGCAUGGCGGGAGUCGUCAACCCGUCGUCAUCCCAGACGCUCGGCGCCUACAAGAACGCAGCCAAGUCUGUGGGCACGGCAAGCCAUCCUGCAAGUGUGUUUGGCGGUACGUUGGUUUCAACGCCUGGGCCGACGUCUGCUUCGGCUAGUCCCAGCCCGGCAAGCACCGGGGGCGGCGCCUAUGCAGGAGAUGCCGCUCCGGCCGCGUCCGGUGCGGUUGCUGCUUUGGCCUUGGCCGUGGCCGCUUUUCUUGUUUGA